ACAGACACGUUAAUGGAGAUUUGACUUAUUCACAGCUGAUAUGAUAUGAGCAGUAGUCUUCUGCCUAUCCAUUUGGUAUCGAGAAGCCACUGCGCUUAUACAACCGCCAAUACGUACCCUUCCUUUGGUCAUAGCACAGGAAUCUUAAUUCCCUCUUGCAACUUCAGUUCUGUAUUUCUGUUGUGGAUGAACUGCGUAUGUGGCAUGCGUGAAGCAGAGCCCAUCAUUUCCAUCAAUGGAUGUCUCCAGCUUACAAUCUCGGUACCUUGAUUCUUGCAAGAAGCAUGAAGUGCUACCCAACUCUGCAGUUUUGUCAUGGUUUUAUAAGGCUGAAAUCCAGAAGUCCGAACAAGGGAAGUGCAGCAUUAAGUUCUUUCUGAAUCAGCUAUGUAAUGCUGAUAUUUAUCCCCUGAUUGAUGUGUUCCUGGCAAUAGACUCUUCUGAUGUUGAUGCAGUCGACAUACUUCAUGAAUCACCUUGCAAUUUCAAUGAAGAAUAUGUUAUGCCUUUGUUGCAGACUAUCAAUCUGAAACUCCGAGUAGUUGAUCUCCAUGACAUGUCCCCGGAAGAGAACUUUUUGCAGGAUUUGUGCCAUCAUGGCCUAGCGUGUCAUAUUCUAAACAUGAGGUCUACUCAUAUCCAAAAGCUCAACAUGGCUGGAACGUUUAUGCAACUACACACCUUGAAUUUGGAUUUUUGCACUUCAAUUGGUAGUUUGGAUAAAGACUGUUUUUCUUGCAUGCCAAGUCUGAUGCGUCUCUCAAUGUGUGAGACUAGGGUAGCAAAUCUCUGGACAACCACUGCUGCUCUAUCAAAACUUCCUUCCUUACUAGAACUACGGUUCCAAAAUUGCUUAUGUUGCAAGGAUACUGGACCAUGUCCUGCAUCGUUUGGUGACAAAGCAAGAAUUGCAUUUGAGACAUCAUCUAUCAGCAUUAGAGAUGCUACAUUUCAAGGUUUCCAUGCUAAAGAGAAUUGCGGGGACUUACUUUCUCUCACAGGUUCAGCUUUGAUCAAGGAAGGGUCUGCAAAAUUUGAUAAUUUAUUGCAUAUCAGUGAAGUUGAAAUGUCAAGCUGCCUUCAGAGAGUAGGUUCAAUAGAAAUAUCAUCUGAUGUCCCUCCCAGUUUGAAUGGACUAUCAAAUUUGGAAAACAAGAUUACAGACAAAGAGGAGAUCCUUGCAAGAGCACAUAUGUGGGACUUGAAGAAUGGCCGCCCUACCUCAUUAAAGAACUAUAUUUCACAUCAUCAUCCUUCACCCAUUUGCUUUGAGAAACAUUAUAGGGAAUACAUGGUUGUUUUGUUGCCUCGUUUGGAGGUGUUAGAUAAUUUUUCCAUUACAAAGAUGGACAGAGAAAUGGGAAGAACUAUUUUUUCAAAAUACUAUGAGUACUUACCAUAUAAACGACAGAACAAAGAAAGUGUUGUUACUGUUCUGCAGAAGCGUGAGAUGGGAACAGCGGGUGCUUCCUGCCCAAAUUUCUCAAAGUUCAAGCAAUCAUGCCAUCAUGGAAAGAGUCAAUGUCACUUCUCAAGGUCUCUUACCGCUGCCAAACUUGGGUCUGCUGCAUGGCCUUUGUUGCAUCCUUUGCACACCUUUAGCCAUAUAUAUAAAGAAGGAAGUAAGAGGCUUCGUGCAAGGCAGUUUGAAUACCAUCCGUCUGAUUCUCGUCUGAUGGUUUUUGGAACUCUUGAUGGUGAAGUUGUUGUAAUCAAUCAUGAAAGUGGGAAGCUAGUUGGUUAUGUUCCAUCUGCUAACAACAUGAACAGCAUUUUGGGUCUCUGUUGGCUCAAGAAGUAUCCUUCGAAGCUGCUUGCUGGUUCUGAUAAUGGUUGCUUGAAGUUGUUUGACAUCAGUCAUAUACCGCCAAUAGUCAGUGAUGUAAAUUACAGUGCUGGUGUGGUCACUUUUGAUGACUUUGACCAAUUGACUUCUGUUCAUGUCAAUUCUGGAGAUGAUCAGUUUUUGGCUAGCGGGUACUCAAAAGAUGUUGCUCUAUAUGACAUCUUUAGUGGAAAACGUUUACAACUAUUUACUAAUAUGCAUCGAGAACCCAUUAAUGUCGUGAAAUUUGCACACCAUUCCCCCUUCUUGUUUGCCACUUCCUCAUUUGACCAUGAUGUCAAGCUGUGGGAUUUGAGACAGAAACCACAGUGGCCAUGCUAUACAGCAUCAAGCUCAUGUGGAAAUGUGAUGGUUUGCUUUUCACCAGAUGAUCGCUAUCUGCUUGUAUCAGCUGUUGAUAAUGAGGUCAAGCAACUUCUGGCAGUAGAUGGGAGGCUUCACAUGGAUUUCAAGAUAGCUUCAACAGGAAGUGCUCAUAACUAUACCCGCUCCUACUACAUUAAUGGAAGUGACUACAUCAUUAGUGGAAGUUGUGAUGAAAAUGUUGUCCGAAUCUGUUGUACUCAAACUGGAAGGCGACUUAGGGACGUUUAUCUGGAGGAUGUGGAGUCUGGGAAUUCUCUAUUUGUUCAGUCCUUAAGGGGUGAUCCUUUCAGACUUUUCCACAUGAGUGUGUUAACAGCCUCUAAACGUCCAUGUUCUAAGUGGGAAAUCAUCAAGGUCAAUUUACUAGCUUCCAGCCAUGGCACCGAAGAGCAUUCUCACGGUCAAAACAUCCAAUCCACCUUCCUGGGAGGUUGACGUUGGUAUUUAAUUACACAGUAAAGCUUGCAUGUAUAGUUAUGUAUCUACCCCGUGUAUGUAUUGCAAAGGGGAGCUAUGUCGCCUUUCUCUGUUUUUUUAGGAGUUGAGAAAAAUUACACGACAAAGUAGGGCCUCGUCUAAUUGUGCACCAAGUUUUGCUGUCAUGUAGGUUGUGCAGAUCUGGUUUCAUCAGGACAAUGACCCUUCUAUAGCUUGAGUGCUACGGUUCUAAAUUUGAGAAAUUGUUUCUCCGAUUUAAGGAGGUCCAUGCUUGAAUUCAAAAAAAGAAAAAAAAAAAGUGUAUCAACUUUCCAUAGCUUGAGAGUAAAAUAGUCAUUUGAUAAGCUCUGACUCAUGAUAAUGAUCACAAAAUUUUAUUUCAAA